CUGGGCUCGGCCGCUGUCAACUGUACUCUGAGCAGUUUUCCUCGCAGAAGCAGUCGGUUCCCUGCACUCGACACCUAGCAGGCCUUCCUCCGUGCGCCCCGCGGGGCGGCGAGCUAGGCGGCGGCGCGGCGGGCUCGGUGCAGCGGCCCAUGUCCAGCGCGGGCGAAGCCCUGGCUCCCGGGCCCGCGGGGCCGCAGCGCGCGGCCGAGGCGGGCGGCGGCCGGCUGGGCUCCCCCGCCCAGGAAAAAUGUAAUAAAGACAAUAUUGAAAAAGAUGUAACUCAAGCUACCAAUGGCUUCACACAUGGAGAGACGCAAGACCAGAUCAUUUGGGGGACUCCUUCAGGUGGUGAACUUAUCAGAACCCAACCUCAACGCUUGCCCCAGCUGCAGACUUCAGCACAGGAACCUAGAGAGGAGGAAAUAGUCAAUAUGAAGAACGGAGGCCACACGAGUCUGAGCAACGGAAAUGGAAUUCACCAUGGGGCCAAACAUGCAUCUGCAGAUAAUCACAAACUUUCAGCUCCUGUUUCCCAAAAAGUGCAUAGAAAAAUUCAAUCCAGCUUGUCUGUAAACAAUGAUAUCAGUAAGAAGAGUAAAGUAAACGCUGUCUUUUCCCAAAAGACAGGUUCUUCACCUGAAGAUUGCUGUGUCCACUGUAUCCUGGCAUGCUUGUUCUGUGAAUUCCUGACCCUCUGCAACAUUGUCCUGGGACAAGCUUCGUGUGGCAUCUGCACCUCGGAAGCCUGCUGCUGCUGCUGUGGCGAUGAAAUGGGGGAGGACUGUAACUGCCCUUGCGACAUGGAUUGUGGCAUCAUGGACGCCUGUUGUGAAUCCUCGGACUGUUUGGAAAUCUGUAUGGAAUGCUGUGGAAUUUGUUUUCCUUCAUAAAUAUUUAUCUUUUGUUUGUGUUAAAACUGGAGAACUUUUUAAAACUUUUCUUUGGAAGGGGGAAGGAAAACACGUGGUAAGAUUCUCAUAAAACAGCUCAGUACUUACACUGUUAACUCCAUAUUUUACAUAUUCUCUGAAAGGCCUUUUCUCUCACCAAAUCCACAUGGUUUAAUAUGUGAAAUUUCAACUACUUUAACUAGUUUUUGAAAAUUCUUAAUGUUUCAAUAACAGAGGGACAGUUUGAGAAACACACACACACACACACACGUAUACACACACACACGUAUACACACACACACACAUUAAAUGUCUCCUUGUUUUUGUCAAUUUUUCUGUUUUUUCCCAAUCAUUCUAGGGAUAAUGCUUUUACAGUGCCUAUUUAAACUGGACCACUUAUUUUUAAUGUUUAUCCUUUAGAGGUUAAAAGUAAGUAUCUUUACUUUAUAGUAAACUUUGGGAGAGACACCUGCACAACACCUGGGACCUAGUGGUGACUUACAUGCUCAGCUUCCCCGGCCCCACUUGUUCCUUAGAUGUCCAGCACUGGCUGUGGCUGCUGUCCUCUGGUCCUCACAGGGUGGAUGUUAUUCCACUCUUGUCCACAGCAGUGUGCAGUAUAGCAAAGGAAAAAGACCUGUAAGAAAUGAGCCAUACCAUAAGGUGUACUGAAGAGGGGAUUGUGAGAGAGAAACUGCAAAAGACCAUAGGAAUAAACAGAAAAGAACUACCCAAAGAUUGGGCAAAGCUUUAAAGAGGAUGUGGAAUUUGAGGACGCCUCUGUCGAUGAGUGAUUCUUCUGCUACUUGAAUGAGUUAUUUUGAUUGAGGACAAAGUUUUAGGUGGACAGUCUGAACUGUGUGUGUCCUUAAUCAGUUAAAAGAAAACAAAAUGCCGUUAGCACUUUCUUCUUAGUUGUAGGGAUAUAGCUUUUUUUAAACUAUAAAAUUUAAAUGAACUAAAAGUAUGCAUAUUCUUACCCAUAAUUUAAAUGUUAUGAUAAAAUUCUGAUAAAAACAAUACCUUAUUAAAAUAGCAAUAUUUUACAAAAAAAGAAACCCUUGAACUAAUUUCAUUUAAGUUAGAAGAUUUUUUUAUUACUAAAAUCUCAACAUGUGACAUUGAUUUAUUCAAAGGUUUUCUUUUGAGAGCCUUAUGUCUUUUGGACGGCGGGGGGGGGGGGGGUUCUCUUUCCAUUUAUUUCUUAACCAGUUUUAUAGUUCACAGUUCAUUUUAGAUGCCAAACCAUUCUUUCCAAUGUGAGAGGAACCUGAACACACACUACUGUGACCAAAUUUCAGGAUUUAUGGAAGGUUAUAAGGAUCUCUAUGUGUAAAGAAACAAAGACUCUUUGUGCAAUUAUUGACCAGGAGGAGUCUGAGCAGCUCAGAUGAGAAGGAGAGUGAAUUUUCAUACUAUGUGCUUUCCUAAGAGCUUGAUCUGCCCAAAAUUUGUAGUUGAGUUUAAUUCAAUAUAAUUCCUUGUGGAAGUUUUGGAAAUUGUACUUUGGGAUUACCAGUUACUGUCAGUACUUCUGACUGAGCAUCACAUUGAUAGUAACCACAAGAGCAUAUUUUUAGGAAGCUUUCAGCAAACCUAGGACUUUUAUAAGAGAGUUUUUAACCUGAAGCUCAGAAAUGUCACCUAUGGUUUUCCUUUGAGAUGAAACCUAAUUUCUAAUUAUAUUAUUAUUAAAGGGCUUAAAAAUGCAUUAGCAAACUCUUCCUUUUAGUGCCAUUUACACACACAUGCAAACACAAACCCUUUACAUUUGGCGGGUUUAAAUAUAAUUCUUAAAUAGCUAUCUUCUUCUUCCUCUUCUAAAGAGUGUCUUACAUUUGUUACAUCAAAUAUAAUCAGAAUCGGAAUAUUUACAUAUACCCAAAUUAACUUAGGCUUAUAUAUUAGGAUGUAAGAAUAGCAUCUGUUUGUAAAUAUAUAAAGCCUCUUAAUGAUCUGGAAUUGUUUGAACAUUUGAUUUUUAUGCAGCAAAAUUUUUCAAACAAGUGUUUUGAAUCUGCUACUUAACUAUGUCCUGCUACUAUUUGUGAUGGAAUAUUAGCAAAUUUCAAAUAAUGUUUCUCUGUAACAGAGAACAUGAAUGGAUACCAGAAUUUUAUUUUCCUAACUAUGUGUGUAGUACUUUUCCUCAGUUCUCUAUGCCAGGCAGUCAUUCCAUAAAUUAUCUUAUACAAUUAAAAUUUAAAAAAAAAAAACAUAAAAAAAGAAUAGCAGGAAAAUGUGAAAAUAGUUUCAAUAUAUUUUAGAAUUUCCGUAUGUAAAAUGUUUUGUUUAAUUGUAUGACUAUCAUGACUAAGUCCUGUAUUUUAUAGUUAUAGAUUGGUUUCUUUUUAAGUGUGAAAACUUAAUCUUAAAUAUUUUUAAACUGGACCUGUACUAUCCUGAAUAUAAUAUUUUAAAAUUAAAAAAAUGACUUCUUUAUUGUUCUAUAGAAUACUUUCAUAUCUAAUUAAUGUAUUAAUUGGUUUAUAUUUGAAUGAAUUCAAUUAUAAUUUAAGCCUGAAGCUUCAUUUCAUCUUGUUACAUCCCUUUCAGAAGAUUGCCUCAUCUCCUUAUGUAAAUCACAUGAUUCAUGCCCAUAAAUGAGCCAUGGAAGAUAGAGAACAUUUUAUAUUGCAAGUCAUAGUUAGAUAUAUAAUAUCAAAAUAGUGGUCUUUUCAAAAUUCACAUCAAAAACAAAAUUUGUACUUUUUUAGUAGAUUAAUAUAAUUUGUUUACUUUGGGAAUUAUAUCUCAACCUAUAAAAUUAAGGAUUAUUUUAAUAGAUGCUGAAAUUGAAGAGCAAACUAAAGAUACUCAAUAGAUUUAUGGAAUUUCCUGUAAGAUAUAUGAAUUUCACAUAAAAAUAUAUCAUCAAAAGUAUUUUCAUUUAAGAUUUUUUUAGUGGCACGAUUUUUAAAAAUGUUUUAGAGUUAGUAUUUAACUAAGACAAGAUAAUGUCAUUUAGGAGAAGGAUUUUUAUUUAGCACAGUAAUACAUUUUAUUUUUGUGUUCUUAUAGCAUAUCAGCUCUAUCCAUCUUCCCUACCUGAGAAGUUAGUAUUUUUUGAGCAGUUCAAGGAGUAACCAAGGCAACCUUAUGUAAUAACUUUCUAUUCUUCAUCCAUAUAAACACUAUCACUGCCCUAGAUUGUGAUGUUAUUAAAUGUCACUGCGUAACAUAACUGUGAUUCAAGUCCAGUGACUCUGUAUUUUGCCUUAUUGAAUGCAAGUUAAAUGCUUAGGUUACCCAUCUCCCUAAUGAAUAGUUCAUUAAUUGAUAAGGUUAUUUUUCAAAUUAUUUAAAAGCUCUAUGGUCCAUCUAUUCACUUGUGAUUUGUAGGCUAUAUAGUUACUGCAUAAUGCAUCUAAUCUGAGAGGCAAAAUAAAAUUUCAACAAAUAC